AGGCACGGCUAGAUAGUUGCACGCAUCAUAUUUUUAACAGUGAUGCUUUCUAAUUAAGAAGUGCUUAAACAUAAGCGACAAGAAAAGAAAACAGCUAAUUCAACAUUUUUACCUGCUAUUUACUACAACUAGAAGGUACAACUACAGAGUUGUAAGUAAUUACCAUACUACAUCAAACCAUACUACUAUAGUUGCAAUUACCAUACUACUAUAGUUGUGCUCGCCUCGCAGUUCUUGCACUUGCAUACUACAUCAAACCUCCACGAUAGUACAGAAGAAAAGAUGAAGUCCAACCCUCACGAUGACAUUUUGCAAAGCGAGAUCCCGGAGGAGACGGGACGCCGACAAGGCAUGCUCGAAGAGCUCAAGACUAGAGCAAAAGGGGCCUUCCAGUCCAAAGACUUGGGCAAUGCGGAAAUGCUCUACUCGAAAGCAAUAGAUUGUGCAGUGUUGAUCGACGACGCGCCGAAAAGCGGACUGCAUUUACUGUACUUAAGAUCUGAUAGAAGAUUUUGAAGUUCGGUUUGGAUAACUUGGAUCCAUUUUUGGUUCCUUCAUCCAUUUGUCUGCAAUCACACUUAUAGUAUAUUUGUAAUCACUCUUGAUGUACCCCCUAGUUUUACAACGGUGAACUAGAACUUCUUAUAGCAAAUGAUCAAUACAUCGCAGGUACAGCAAUCGUGCAGCUGUGCGGUUGCUUUUGAAGAAGAAUGAUGGCGCGGUCAAGGACUGCGAGUCUUGUUUGGCAUUAGACAAGGCUUUUUUGAAAGCACAUUUUAUUAUGAAGGGAAGUUGUUUCUCAUAUAGUUAAAUAAAUGCAACGUAGGAGGACGAGGAGUUGACUUUGUGAUCAUUGUCAAAACAAAACCUUAGAAUACUUCUGGCUCUGGUUACUUCGUGUAGGUUCACUAGAAAAAGUUACUCGACUCAGUGUUGGAAGAAUUUACGGAUAAUAACUAUGAACGAAAAACCUUUGACGUCAAAAAAGCUCCACUUUUCUAAUCCUCGACUCGCCCAAGCCUGGAUGCGAUUAGGGAAGUGGAAGAGCGGUAUUGAAGCUUGUCGGACGGGUCUAGAGCUGCAUUCUGGAAAUGCUGAAUUACUGUCGCUACAGGCAGAAAUCCAAGAAGCGUGGGAUAAAGAUUUAUGGUUGUUCUUCAAGCUACACCAAAAUUAUAUGCGUUGAUCAAAUUAUCGUUAAGCAGUAUUCAUAUUCAUAUUCGAAUGGCUUCAAAGGUAGAUACGCCUCAAGGUGCAGUUAGACCGCAGCAUCGUGUUUUCUGUUUGUUUCCUACCGGGACACAUGACGGUCCUUCUCAUCUAGCGCUAGAUUUACCAUCAUAAGUCAAGAUGAGAAGCCAUUACUAUAAUUCUGUACCUAUAUACUUUUUACCUACAACUAUCCUUACUUUUUCUUCCUAGUUAGCUUGGCUUCACCCGUAUCAUAAGUCAAGACGAGUAAGAAGUGUUCAUCAUCAUAAGUCAAGAUGAUUUACCAUCAUCAACAACAUGCACCUGUUCAUAUCCCACGGAAGAGAAAGCGAAAUUUAAUGCGGAAGCAAACGAAGUGCGCCCAGACCUGCCGAAGCCCGAGCCAACGCGAAUCCCGAUGGCCACCCCAAGCGCAGCUAGUAAUGCGCCAAAGAAGACACAGGAAGAGAAGCAGAGCAAUGGGACUAGCAGUGGUACUAGGGAGGACUUUGAACUUUGAUGCUAAAAAUGAGGAGUGUGACUACUACGGAGGACUUUGAUUCAAUGAGGAAGAGAAACUGUGACUCAAGAAUACUUCCCAAAGUAAUGAUUGUGAUUGAUUGUAGAUCAUCUUGUACUUGAUAUGCCAAAUAAUUACCUUUAUAGUUGCUCUCUUCUAGCUAUUAGUCUUUUUUGAAAAUGGUACCUCAAGAUGCACCACAUCUUCAGCUCCGCCACCGGAUAACGGCAUGCGAGGGUACAAGAAAACAGCCGAUGGAAAAACGACCUCGUAUUUCCAUACGGAUAUCUCCGAUGAGGCGAAGAAGCUAAUCGGAGACUGCAAGCCGCAGAAAAUUGAUGCGGAACAGUUGAAAAAUAGUGACCAAAGCAAAGCAAAAGUUAUGGAGAAUGUGAUGAUCAAAGUUUAGGUUAUAUUUAGUGCCGUAUAUUAUGCUACCUAACCUGUCACUUCACGAUAGUCCCUUAUCUGUCACGUAGAUAUAGUCGCUUAUCUGCCUCACGCGUGUAAGAAAGGGGUCGCUUAUCUGCCUCAAAUCAAAUGUGUAGUCUCUUUACCUGUCUUACGGAAGGUCGCUUAAGCGAUGACUGUGUCACCGGUUACUCGCUUAAGCGACGACUGUGUCGCCGUUUCGUCCCCAAAGGACACAAUUCUAUGACCACAAACCCUAUGACUUAGAAGAGCUGCUUCUUACGACCAAAAAUCUUGACCUCUUCAUCUUGACCUCUUCUAAUCCUUCCGGUAGCGCGUGGAAUCAAGCUGGUACGUUUGAGGAGCGCAAUUAUACCAAGUGGUUCCACGAGAAAGUACGAGAGGAGAUUCCAAAGAACACUGACGUUGAACUGCCGAACGACUUGCCGGACAUUGUAGUCAACGUAGAAACCAUUUCCGGAGACGCCAACAUCGCCUGCACGAGAGGUAUUUUUCGUUGUUUUGUUGUCUAGUGGAACGUGCUGCUGUUCUGGUGAGAGUUGUUGAUUUGAAUUUCGAAAAAUAUUUUUGUUGAAAUUAAUUUUCAAUGUUGAAUGAUGAUUGAAAUGAAUUACCUCGUCCACCUGGUCUUGCAUCUAUCUAAGUUCAUUUCCAUCCCACAAACAAGGUAAAGUGAAAUAUAUCCACGACACCGUGGUCGAAGUGAAGUGGAAUUUUACCACACAUGACGAUAAGAAAGGGUUGGGGACUAUGCGGUUGGAGUGCGAUGGGGACGGCGACUACGACAUCAACGUUGACGUCGACUCUAAGACGCAUUCAGGCGUGAGGCAAAUCGUAAACGAGUUCGUGAAAUCAAGCUCCAAAGGACUGCAGCCGUAUUUGUUGGAACGAUUACGAAGUGUCGAAAAGAAAUUUCAGGCGAUUCAGAUAUAGCACUGCAGUAUUAAGCGCUAAUAGCAGACGGAAGUGGCUGGAUGAAUUAUGGUAGUAGAGAAGCUAACGAUCAUGGCCCCAGUCGGAUGCAACCUACUUCAUCUUUCCCCCAUAAUUAUAAAGAAGAACAGUUGAUUCUUCACCCGCAACAACAGCUGUCGUCCCUCUUCGCUGCUAGAAUUCUGUUUUCCGAAUGCUUGUGUAGUCUAAAGUUUCUUAAAUUCGCACACUCAGUUCUUUUGAGGAUGAGCUUAGGAUUGCCUUGUCGAUCUCUUGCUCGACCUAAAAACCUCGACGUGUUGUUGACAGUGUGCUAUUAUUUCAUCUUCAUCGUAUCGCAAAGCAAAAUUUGUGAUUUCUACU